AUGUAUGCAGUAGAAGCCAAGGAUGGGUACCAGGCUUUCCUCAGCGUCAGCGAUUCCUGGCACAGCAUCUUGGGUGUCGGCAAGUCGACUGGUCCAGCCUCCAUCACGUCUUCGAUCAGCAACACGCCGGAACAGUGGUCGGCUCUGCAGGUCAAGCGCUUGGACCGCGUUUCCCAGCUCGCCGUCAAGGAAGACGCGCUCCAGACGCUCACAAGGCACAGCGGGAUGACGAUUCGACCCCAUCAACGAGCAACAAUCCAGGCCAUGUUCAAAAAAGAGACGGACGUCAUCUCCGUUGCGGCAACUGGGAGUGGCAAGAGCGAAAUCUGGAUGUUGGUGACAAAGCUUAAUGCCUCUGGGGUGACGAUAGUCGUUCCACCGCUCAGGGCUCUCGCCGCGGAUAUUAAGCAGCGUCUGGAACGGUACAACAUCGAUGCGCGAAUUUGGACUGAUGAAUUCAGCCAUGAGAUGGUGUCGAAUGUCAUUAUAGUCCAGCCGGAGAGCAUUGCAUCUGAAAAGUGGAAGACUUUUGCCGACAAGCUUAAGGGCAGACGAGCUGUCGAUCUUGUUGUCAUCGACGAAGCCCACCUCAUCCUCAGCAAGAAUCCAGACUUUCGGCCUUCCAUC